CAGAAGACCAAUGUUUCUGGGGCCCUAAAGUAUGCGCAAAAAGUGUGUUGGCAGGGGGGUCUUCCUGUCAGUUCCCUUACCUUCUACAUGUGGGGGCAAUAUGUGCAAUGCAAAGUGUAUCAGUUGCAAAUAGGGGAGGCAUCCCCGUUUUUAUAUUCCUCCCUCACAUAUAUGAGGGGGUAGCUACAGCUUUGUUCUGAUCGUCUUCUUGCUCAUCCACUGAGGGACAAUCACUGUUUACAUGGCUAUUUUCUUCUAGGAUUUGUUUGUCUGUAGAAAGAAAAGGGGUGUGAGUUUACAGCUUAUAAAAGAGAGGGGGAUAAGAGGGAGAGAGAGAGAGGCCCUCACAACAGCCAGUAACCAAUAGCCUUGCCUGAUGUGAUCAUUAGCCUUGUUAGCAAAUGCAGCAAGCCAGCAAUUCAGUCUGAGACUCGCCAAUGCGAUUAGAAUUGGGAUACUAGACUGCAGCUAACUUGGAAGGAUUUUUCUUUUUGCUUCAAUUGGAGAGUAACCAAGGAAUCUGUUCUACAUCAGCCUGACCAAAAUGAAAAUGAGACUACAGAACCUCUUCUACAUCUUUUUUCUCAUAGUGAUGAGUCUUUUACUUGUAAAUGGACAGAGGCCAGGAAACUUCACCCAAAGAAGAAAAAUCCAUCGGCAGCUCUGCCCACACAGAAGAUGCCUGCCCCUUCAUUCACGGGUCCCCUUCCCAUAAGGCCUAAAUUUCUGUGCCAAAACUGGGAAAAGAUGAGGAAGAAAUGGAGCCAACUGGUGCUGCCUGGACACAGAGACGGUUCUCAAAAGCACCUCUUCAGAUUCAGUUUACCAAAGCAGUCACCUUCAGACUGAUACCCAUCACCCUUCAACACCAAGCUACCGCAACCAAAUUAAAACUCUCAAAAGCAAAUAGACUUUCAAGAGAUUAUAAUUUAUUUACAAAGUACUACCCGGGAUUGUGAUAUGGAGAUGCUGCAUAUAGUUUCUGGAAGGGUAUCCUGCUUGCAGUUUAUUCGAUAUUUAAGAGAAAGUAUUAACAUAGCAAUCAUUUAACCAGUAUAGCCUAAUAUGUUAAUACAAAUUACAUGUUUUAUUAAUGGGGGUUUAUUUAGAGCCAUUGCCAUUGCUGGAUCAGGCCUGAGACCUUUGACUAAGGUCAAUAACUGCAUGCCUAACACAGGAAUCCCCAGGGUGUUUAAAAAAAUCAGAUUCCCUUGGCUCAGUCCAACUGGGUAAUACCAAGAUAGAGACACUGAACCAUUGCAAAAUGCUUGAGGCACUGGAAAUCAUACUGUAUCUAUUUUACUAUUAAUUCAUAUAUUGUUUGUAAUCGCGUGACUUUAACGAGUGUAAAGGAACUUCACUGUAAUCUAGGCAGCAUAAUAAUGUACAUGUUUGCCUGAUGAAGUAAAACAUAUCUAGAAACAAGUCAUUUUCACUUCUCUUUGUAUAAACUACUGUGCUAUCUGGUGUACAUACAAUAUCACACUGCUUUUCUGUUAGUAGUUAUAAUGUGUAUUAAAUAUGUAUUAGUAUAUAAGAAGUUUAUUAUGUAAGUUAUGCACUUCAGAUAUUUUAUUAAUGUCAUGUUAAUAAAAUUUGUAUACAGCUUUCAA